AGAGCCGCCGAGCCGUUAAAUACGUUGCCGCGGACCGCCGGACGGUCCUUUUCACUUUGUGCGACAACCGCGUUCGUAUCGUUUUUCCUCUGCGUACACCGUGUCAUUAUUGUAAUACUUGUACAACACGACUGACUAUUGUGUGCCAGCCCGAAUUCAAAAACUACUGUUUGCUUGCCUAUCUGCAGUUCACCCGAAACCGCCGACGAGUUCUUCCGAAAGGGUUUCCCUGAUCCAUCCGAGAACCGCACUCGUCACACGUUUGCAACAGUCACGAUGUGCGGCACGGCCAAUCACAAUUCGGAAUACGGUCACGGGCCACAACUCAGGGUGCCGGCCGCAGACGCGGCGGCCUAUGGGUUUCUGGCCGGAGAAGCGAAACAGGCGACGACGCCGCCUCCGCCGGCCCCGGUAGAGGACGACGAGCCGGUCCAACUGAAGAAAUCCAGCGACACGUUGUCCGCGCUAACGGCCGUCACGAAAAGAACCGUGGAAAAGUGCGCUUCACUCUUCGGAGAAGUGCAGAAAUCGCCGGCUUACAAGUAAAUAUACUAUUAUUGUCUAUAAUUGAUUCGUACAUAAUAUAUGAUUACCGUAUAUAUGUUAUUACAAUCUCCGGACGGUAAACCGGAAACAAUUUUUUUUCUCAAAAAAUCGUAUUUCCCGCGAUAAAGUAACCAUUUUAAAUCUUCCUUCUAAAAGUUUACCUAAUAUACAGUGCUUAACAAUACAUACGAGUGAUUGUUAUGUUAUUAUAUUUAUUUUACCGGGUUGUAGGUUUUCUUUUCAUAAAAAGAAAAAAUACGAAAAAAGCGAUUAUUUAUAUAUUCCGAACAACAACAUUAAUUUAGUUCAAAAUUUCGAAUGGUUUUAAUGGAUAUUUAAAUUACAUCUUAUAAAUAUGUUAUGUACUUACCUAUAUAAAUAUGUAUUUUUUCUGUUGAGCAUAAUAUAUCAAGAUGUUUUAAUAGUUAUUGGCUAAAAUUUUUUAGAUAAAGAAAAAAAAAUCAAUUUUAAUUUUUCACAUACAACUAUAGUAAAUUUACGCAUAUUUUCGCCAGAUGGCAUGUGUCAUUUUUGGGUUUUCAUUUAAAUUAGGUGGGUAACGUAGUAACAUUGACCCAAAUUCAACUAAUUUGUUUAUACGAGCGAAAUGUUGAUGCUACCUUAAACAAAAUUCGAUUAUUACAAAUUAUACUAUACUUGGGCAUGAAGCAAUCAGUGAAUAAACUAGUUGUACAAUGUUUUGAUAUUCUAUGUAACCGAAUUUUUAAAUUUAAAUUUUGUAAAAUUUGGGAUCAAAUUUCCCGAAAUUGAAGUAAUAUAAAAAUCGUAUACAUGUUUAAACUCGCUGAAAAGUAAGCAUUUCAUGAUUUGGGUCAACGUUACAGUAAAAAAUAAUUAUUACAAUAUAUCAAUUUAAUAUUUAUUAUCUUCAUGGAUAUUACUAAAAGUUAAAUAUUAAUUUCAAAAUUAUUAAACAAAAUCCUCUGUUUACUUUACGUCGAAUUUGUCUAUUGUAAAUUUGAAUUAAUUCAUACUGUUGUUUGUUACUUAAAAUAAAAAUAAAAAAUGCCUAAGUGCUUCGCAAAUCUAAAUCCACCUCCGAUUAAAAUAUAUAGGUAUGCAUUACAGGGAAUUUGCGCUUUUCGAAAACUGUAUACUAUUUAAUAUAUUGUGUCAAUGAAACGUUUGUUCAGAUUUCAUACUUAUAGCUUCUACUGUUUCGCCUUGAUGAAAUAAAUCAUUGAAAUAAAUUCGUUGAAUAAAUCAUUCAACCGGGACAAGACUACUUAUUCAAUACCGUCCCUCGCCCAGGGCCACGCGUUUUCACCACGGUUGGAUGGGACCCGCGCUUUUAUGGUUAAUAUAAGUCCGAAAAUUUAUGAAAAGAAAAGCAUUAAGGGAUUACCUAAUUACCUCCCUCUAAUUAUAUAACACCGUUACGCUGAAUACAUUCUAUAUGUGCAAUUUUGGACUCGGCAAAUUUGUUUCUGCCCCGUGCUCCGCAACAAAUUAUAAAAUGUGUUAAAAAACGAUCUGUUUUUCGAGGUACCUGCAGGUUCGUGUACACUAUACGUACUUAGAAAGUACUGUAGGUAUCCAAUAUCGUGUUGGUGUAUAGAGGUACGCGUGACUGAAUAAUAAUUCUGAACAAUGUAAAUGAGUCUGGUAUACCUAAUGAACGGUAAGUUGCACUAGCUAGUGUUUACACACAAUAUUAUUCUGCUUCGAUGCUCGUGCGUGUCCGUUGUUUUAUUUUUUGUUAGGUCCUCACCGCCCGUCGUCUAGUAUAUUAUAUUUCAUUAGAUAGUUUAAUCUCUAAACUGCAUCUAUACAAGAAUAUAAAAUAUUUGCCGUCCUAUGGCUCGGAAAGCGUACCUCCUCACACGACAUUAUUUUAUAAUAUUGUCCGUAUUAUGCACGGCGGUGUAAAACACGAGUUCGCCGUGCCAUACACCGCAAUGAAAAUAGAUUUUGAAGGUAAACGUUCAAUUCACAUUACACGUCAAAUAAGUUGAAAACCCCGUUUUUUUAUUUGUAAAAAUGUGCCUAUAUAGGCACAGACGAAUAAAUAAAUCAUAAUCGUGCAUAAUAGCGAUUUACCGUGAAUUAUUCGUUUCAUUAACGCAAAAACCGAUUGUCAACAAAAAAAUCAUUUUUUUUUCGUUAUGACCGUCUAGAUUGUACGCCAUUUUGUUUAUGUGCGCACAACCAUUCGAAUUGAAAUCUGUUGGCGUCUCAAUGUGUAUUUUAUUGUACAAUUUUAAAUUAAUUUAAAAUUACUGCAUAAAUCAGUUUUGCCUUGAACUACCACCAACCAGCUAUUACGUCGUAGUUGACAUAAAAUUAAUAUAAUUUUUUUUUUUCGUCAACGGAAUUUAUUUAACGUUAAUAAAUCCUCCUAUCCAAACGAAAAUCAUUUCGUUUAUUAUAACUGACAUUGAUCGCGCAUACCUAUACUCGUCCUUUAAUGUACAGCGUUUUAGAUUUAAUCGAAACGUUAAUAUACGCGAGUGGAUUAUUUAUGACAUACUAUCUCUCAUAUGAUCACACGCCAAUGAAAGAAGGUGCGACAAUAAUCAUAACGUAAUACCUAUAACAAUGGUCAAAGGGUAGACAAUCGAUUUAAACCGGAGUUCAAACGAUUCAUCAUUUACAUAACGUUAACGCUAUAUAACCUGCUUCAUCACGAUGAUUGUGAGUUUUACAGCCUAAAAUAAAAAACAGAAUUUUUUAACUUUUUUAAAUUCUAUAUUAAUCGAAGAUUUUUGGUAAUUUAAAAACACCUAGGUACCUAUAAUAAUGUCUAUUCUGUUUUGCUAUUAAAUGCGAUUUUUUUUUUUUCAAAUAAUUACAUUAAUUAACAUUCAUUAAGUAUCGUGGAAUUAUACAAGUAACGGAUAGUAAAAUUAUAAAUAGAUUUGCUAAGUCAAUAUAAUGUUAAAAACGGGUAAUAAAUAUUUUUUGUUGAAGGCCCUGCUCGUAGUGUUUUACAAAUUAUUAACAAUUCUAAACAAAAAAAAAAAAUCAAUCAGUUAUAAUUUUUGUAUUAAAGAGGACUAUGCACGACCAUCUUUUUCUCAAAAUUUGGUUUACAGAGUUAACCCUAUACUACCUCGUAGAGACUCCGAUUUCGUUAUAUAUUUUGUUGGAAAGAGGACAACUUCCUACAGAUAUGUUAGGUAUACUUUCUAAAUUGCAAUAUUAUACUCGUCAUAUUUUAAUCGUUUAAUUAAUUUGAUGAUUUCGAUGAGUAUGUAAAAUAAUUUAGUUUAAAAAUACUCGCGUAGUAUACGUUCGAAAGCACUACAAUAAAAAUACCACCUGCAUAAGAGUAAAAAUUAACCCAACUUCAAAGUUAAACUUUUAUAAAUAAUAACCGUUGUUAAAUGCCAAUUACACACACACACAUAUACAAAAUAGUUCAAAGCGUCUGUCAAAUCCAAUGACCAUAUCAUCUUCUCCGAGCCAAAUUGACAAAAUUAGUCAACUAUUUCAUUUAAAUUUGGUUAGAAAUUUAAAAAAAAAAAGUUUUAUAACUAGAGUACAACCGAGAGACGCGAAAUAACGGCACGGGGAAAAAAACUGUUCUUUGCAAUAAUAUGAACAUGUACCCACAAACAUAUAACAAAUAUAUUACUUUUAUAAUGUAUCGGACGUUGCGCAGAUGAUAAUGCUGUGGCGUGUAUAAUCUUCGACAAGGAAAUCGUCAAAAUACAAAUUAAUAUAUUAUGCAGGAGAAGGAAAUGCUGUAUAAUAAUAUAUACCUAACCCGAGUCACAUGCUUGCACUGUUAUUAUCGAACCAGUUGCAUACAUUAUUCAAAUCAUUAAAAAAAAAAAUAUACCAAUAAACGCACUGUCUGCCUUAUAAUUUUAUUUUACCGAGUCAGAGAUGUUAUUAUUCGUUUUUUUUUUUUUUUUGGUGGGGGGUUGGUGUAAUAUUAUCAUCAUACACUUGUCAGCAAUCCGUUUGAGGUGUUAUUUGAAACUUAAAUCCCGAUUACCAAACCACAAAAAACAAACGAAUUACGUUAAGUUGGGUUUUUUAUCCGAUUGCACGAUGUAGAUACCUGUUACAAUAUAUUGCAUAGUGUAUCGCCUGCUAUUGUUGUUGUUCCGGACUUUCUAUCCGAAUUAUACAAGCCUUAUGAAAUAAUUAAAUGCCUUUUUGAAAAAAAAAAAAAAAAAAACAUAAUUGUAUUUACAAUUACUCAUGUAGAAAGGAAAUGAUUUACUCGGAUGAACGAUGUAAAACAUUAUAACAUGAUAAAUUAAAUUGACGGCUUACUCCAGCGACUACUGCGCGGUUAUCAUUUCUAUUACACGCUAUACUUAAUGAUUAUUUUCUGUCUCGCAGGGUAUUGUUUUUCACGCAACCCGCUCACGUCAUAAUGGCGCUGGCCGUCACUCUGGUCGCCGCGUCGAUGAUCCCCGGCAAGAAAACCACCACCGUCAACGGCGAAGUCGUCAAGCCCCGGACGUUCGUCAACUUCGUUUACCUGGCCGCGUUCUGUACGCACGUGGGCGCCCAAUUCUGGAUGACGUUCAUUUCCGGUGAGUUUACCAAACGAAAACUCCCGCGGUUGCGUUUAUACACAUACACUCGCGGUCGUAAUUGUUUUUAUUAUUGCACUCUCGUGUAACGUUCCGCCAUAAUAAUAAUAAUAAUAAUACACCAACCGAAAAACAAAAGCACCAUGUUUCGAAUCACCAUGUCUCGCCGCAUCGUUCACAAAAAAAAAAAAAAAAAAACCCGACGAAUAAAAAACCGCGUUUACAAUAUAAUAAUUCGCCCCCUUUCGGACGGUUAAACAGUAAACAAUUUUAAUAGUUUACAAUUGUCGGUAAAUUUAUGUAGAGAGGGAGUGGCCGUUAAAUGUCUGCACACCGGUUGUUUGCAUUCAACGUGCAACUAUACUGUUGGUUUUUUUCCGUAUAACAUAUCGAUGGCUUAAAUGCUGGGUAACAUAAGUCGCGAACGACAAUUUAUCCAGGACAACUAUUAAACAAACAGUUCUCAACCAAAAGAGAUAGGACACCUGCACCUACUAUUACAAUUACUCGCCACCCCGGAUUUUUUUUUUUUUAUCGUAUACACAAUUUAAUAAACUAUACAAAUAUAAUUAAUACGGGUUUUUAUGUCGGCAAUGCUCCCGUCGGUGUAACAUAAUAACAGCAAUAAUAUAGUAGUCGAGCCUCAGUUUAGAAAAAGAAAAACUACUCGAUAAUAACCAAUAGAACGUUUGAACUAUUUUGAACAGUUUAAAAAUAACACGUUAGAAAGGUGAACGAGCUUAGCCGCAAGACGAUUCGCCUUUUGGACACUCGUCACGCGCGUCCUCUGCGUACAUUUCUCUUGUUUACUGAAGUUUUUGGCAGGUAUAUUUUAGUAUAAUGUAGGAAUAAAUGUACAUUAAUUUUAGCCUACCAUUUUGGCAUCAGAAUAAUAUAUAAUUAGAGCCUAAAAAAUGUACCGAGUACGAUUUUUUACCGUUCCAGCCGACCCCUGCAGCACUAUAACUACUAGUGAUGGGCACUACCAAAUAAUUAAUACUAUCGAAUAGUUAAAAUGGCAUAGUUUAUACCUUGGCGAAUAACAAUGAUUAUCGAAUAGUUUGGUACUCAUCUAAUAUAACCUAACGUAAUCUAACCGGAAUAAAUCGGAAUAAAUUAUAGAACCUGGUUGCACUCCGUUCGAUAUUAUAGGGAUCUCAAUAUCGUUUUUCAUACAAUGAAAAACCUAUAGCUUUUGGCCUCGUUUACCUAUGUAAAUUAUAAUAUUAUUGUCAUUGUCUUCUGUUGUUGUAUUAUCUGUAUCAUAUGGGUUAUUAUUUUUUUUAUUUUUUGUAUCUCUAAAUCGAACAGUAUUUCUACUACCGAAUAGUUUUUUACUAUCAAUACUAGUUCAGAUUAACUAUCGAGUACAGUUUAAUAAUCAACAACUAACGAACUAACAGCCACUAUCACAAUUCGCGUAAUAAUUUACCGGAAAUAAUAUUCUCAUGCCAGCCACUUCUACACCCUAGGUAAUAUAAAGACUAUUACACGACAGAUUUAUUAACACUACGGUCGUCGGUCCGUGUAAAAAAAAAAAAAAAGAUAAUUUUGGCACAUUUUCGAGAAAAAUAAUAAUAAUUAUCGCGUACGCGAAGCUAACGGGGUGUAAUCUUUUGGCGAGUACUUCUGACACGCGCAUGGUGCAAGAUAAUAUUUAUGAUUAAUACAGACGACUGAUUGUUAUUGUUUUUUUUGUUUUUCUAUAGGAUUGAGCUUAUACUUUAACUUGGCUAGACACGCUUUCGGCGACGUUCAAAAGAUCCUGUUCCCCAAAUACUUUUCGUUAAACAGCCUGUUGAGCGCUAUAACGCUCAUCCAGUUCGGCAAGAUGCACGUUGCCGCCAAUGUGUGGGACUUACACACGUAUUUACAGGUAAAUGUUUGGUUUAUAUUAAUUACACAACGUACUAGAUAGGUAUAGUGCGAGCGACACGUAUUUUUUGUUAUAGUUGACCGAAAGGUACCUUGUAUAUUAUUAUAAUUUUACGUCCCGGUGAGAGUAGAGGGUUCAAAUUCCUACGACCGCAUUUUCGACCAACCAUCUUGCGUGUCAGUUAACGUAUACCAUAAUAUGUUUGAUAUUAUAAUAUAAUACAUAGUGAACGCGUACCAACAUUCGUCCUAAUCCGGUGUAAUCCGUCGAUUUUACGGUACACAGAUAAGCCAUCCAAUAUUGUUAAAAUUUGAAGGCGGUUUACCUGACCCGUCAAUAGGAGGUGUACGCCUCUGUCUGUACAUUUUUCUCGUAUGGCAGCUCUAGAAAAACCGCUUCCAACAUUAUAAAACGACGCAUUCGUACACUACAAAAUCAAUGGCGUAUUAUAAUGUAAGCGCAAUCGAAUCGUGUGCCACAAAGCCAGGCGAACGUUUGUCUGGUAUAAGUACAUAAUAUAUGAUGCACCAUAUCAUAAUAAUGAAAUGUCAUCUUCGUUCUUAGGCCGAGGAGAUUUCGAGAUUUGACGAGGGUAUAACGCAUAAUACAGCCGGUGUUUGGUUGAGACGUGCCCAGACAUUUUUUUUAACGAUUAAAAUUCCGUGGGAAAGAAACCCUCGCAUUCCCUUUAUGCAUGUAUAGUAGUUCUUUAAUAAUUCGAUGUAUACUAUAUUGAAACCGGUUUUCAUGGAAUCUUAGCCCACACUAUUGUAUGUAUUGAAAAGAGCUUAUACUGCUGAUGGGUGUUCCGCUGUUGUAGGUGGGAAGCAGCUAGGAUACUAGGAUAUAUAGAGUUAUUUAAUUCAUAUCUGUACACAGCGAUAAAUCAUUGCUAACGAAAAAGGAUUUUGAGCGGGGUUCGGAUAGGCAAGUCUUCAAAACAAAUUACAACAAAACGCAUAUUAAUUUAUGAAUUCUACAGUAAAAUAAUAGUGCCUCCCGAACUAUAUUUUCUAUAUCUCUACCGCGGCCACCACCGCUAUAAUUUUAUCAAAACACGUCGCGUCGCUUUACGCGAAAUACAGUGAUUCAACAAUUUAAAUGUCUAUUGAUGGAUCAAAAGUUACCAGAAUAUUUUUCAAAUUUUGCCACGUCGAUAAAAUAAAAUUCAGAUCUCUACAAUCAUUUUCAACCUAAUUACGACAAAAAUAGAAAUCGAAAAUAAUGAAACCGUAUACAUUUUACCGUUUUACCUCUUAAAUGUCACAAUUAAAUCCAAAAUGCUUCAAAAAAGGUCUAUAUAGUCGUUUUUCGAUUUGACCAAUAAUUCCUAUCAGAACGUCGCACGCGUCAUAUAGUAAAACCAAUACGUCAUAAUUCUUGCUGCGCUCAUAAUCUAAAAAGAGAUAAUAACACGACAAUGCGCCAUUGCGUUAUACAACUUCCGAAAAAAACUUCGAAAUUAAAAUAUAAAAAAAACAAUAUUAUAUUUCCAUUACGUGCGCAUUUCUCUGGUGCUGAGAUGAGAAAAGUCAUGAUAAUACGUAUACCGCACAAUGUCAUUAAAUUAUUAUAUUCUUUAAUCGGUUUUUUAUAGCUGUUCGUGUUGAGUCUGUGCUUCUUGCUGGAGUUGAUGAUCCGUUUGUACGUGGUGCCGCCGCUGUUGCGUCUCAUCACCGUCAAGACGGCCAUCGAGAAGUCGGCCGGCGUCGGAACCGAGGUGGGCCACUACGAACUGGGCCGACUGGUCGACUGUCCGCACUACAUGGCCAUCCACCGGUCGUUCCGGCAGGUGCACCUGUGCGUGGCUAUCGGCAACGUGAUCACGAUGAUGUGCACGGCGUUCCACUUGGCGUACAUCGCGGCCUGAUAAACGUCUCGUCGUAAUAUAAAUAAUAACAACAACAACCACCACCGCAACAACAACAGCAGCAACAAUAAAAUAUUUUAUAAUAUGAAAAUAUUACGCGCAGCAGCAGCCGUCAAAAACAAUAAAAACGUCACGCCCUCGUGUUUGCAAAAACCAAAAACGAAAGCCGCUUGCCGUUAUACGCCGCAUAUUAUAUUAUAAUAUUAUACACAUCGCCAGCCUAUAUAUAUAUAUAAAGUAAAUAAUAUCUAUCCAUAUAUACACCGCUAUACUAUUACUACACACACACACAUAUAUAUAUAUAUAUAUAUAUAUUAUAUACUAACACCCAAUACGUAUAUAAUAUUUUUUUGUUUUCGAUCGUUUUGCCUAUUUUUUUUUUUUUUAAUUUAAUUCCCUACCCACCCCACGGUUUCUCACGCCGGCAACGAUGCGUUAUUGCCGGCGGACGUAGGAAAAUCCUAGACGCAUCGUAAAACAAUACAGUACACGGGACUUUAAUUAGGCCGCGCCGUAACGAAAUUGAAACAAAUAAUACAAUAUUUAUAUUGACAUCACACGCAACGCGCACUUGUUGCGACGCGAGCGCGUCAAAAAAAUACGCCGCGGCGUUACGUCGUCGUCGUCGUAGUCGCGGCGCCGGGUGCACGACGACGUCUCUAUCGAGUCGGCCGAUAAAAAUUAUUCUAAAGCAAAGUAGAAAAAAAAAAAACAAUAAAUUGCGUACGAGCGGGAACAAAAUCGCACGUACGAAAAACAAUCGUAAUUUUAAUAAAAAGGGGACGGGACGACGGAAGGGACGCUUUCGUAAGCUAUUUUUUUUUUUUUUUUUUUUUUUGUAAGACACUUCGCACGUGUAAUANAAACAAUCGUAAUUUUAAUAAAAAGGGGACGGGACGACGGAAGGGACGCUUUCGUAAGCUAUUUUUUUUUUUUUUUUUUUUAAUGGUUUUUUCUAAAUUAAUAAUUUACUAUUAAUAUUUAUAUAUUGUAAUAUAUUAUAUUUAUUUAUUUAUUUUUUAUUUUUAUUUUUUUUUUUGUAAGACACUUCGCACGUGUAAUAGUAUUAUUAUCCGUCGCACGACAGCAGUACGCCAGUGUGUUAUCGCAAUACUUAAGAAUAUUUUAGCCUCCGCGACAAUUUUUUUUUUUUUUCGUAUACACUUCACGUGAUACACGCACGCACAUGCACACGCACACACUCGUGUUACGGUGUCCGAUUUUAUAUCGUUCAAUAACGUGCAAGCACAUUUCAUUUCCACGCAUAAUAUUGACGCGCAGUCGCAUUGAUUAACGUACCGGAUAUAAUAAUAUAAUAUAUAUAUAAUAUUUUUGAUUUUUGUAUAAUUGUUUCGAGAAAAUUACGUAUCGACGACGAUUGUAUACCCGUGAAAAUAUAUAGAAUUGAAUUUAUACAUAAUAAUAUAUACACACAAUUAACACAAAUUACUAUGUGCAGUGUACCAGAAGUCUAUAUUAUACUAAUAUGUAUAGAACAGUUCCUUUUUUUUUUUUUUUUUACUGCAAUAGUCUUUUU